CAUAUCCUCGUCAACCAGCUCAGAGUCCCCCUUGCGACGCGUCCUCGGCCGCACACACCGCGCUUUCCCCAAGCCACCCACGCAACAUCUACCUACCAAAAUGCAGCCAAUGCCGAAUCGGAUGGGACUUGGUCUGCGUCCACCUAUGCCUUCCUUUGGCCAGGGUCCCUCAAUGUCGGCUCUCGCACAGCAGCAACAAAUGGGGUUCAUGCCGCCUCCGAACCGCAGCGUGUCCCUCUUCGUCGGCUCAAUAUCCGGGGGGAUAGACGAUGACUUUCUGAACAGGUUGCUUAGCGCCUGCGGUCCCGUCCGGUCGUUCAAGCGCUUGAUUACGCCAGCGAAUAAGCCGCAAGGGUUCGGGUUCGCCGAGUACGAAGAUAUGGACAGUGCGAUACGCGCCAUCGACCUGCUCACCGGGAUCGAGCUGCCUGCGUUGGAGGAUAUGUGCGCGAACAAGAAGCUGCUGGUGAAAGCAGACGAGAAGACCAAAACCCUCCUCGACGCGCACAAAUCGCAGCGGAUACAGACAGACCAAGAAGACGAGCGCCUCAAGGAAGCCAAGGCCAAGAUCGAAGAGCUCGUCACCGAAAUCAACAACGUCUCCCAGAAAGCGAUCGACGAAGGCCGCCUCGAGAAGGAGAAGAUCGUGAUCCCCCCGCACCUCCACGACCUGCACGAGGCGGACCUGCCUGAGACGCAGCGCGGGCUUGUCAUCUCCGAGAUCGCGCAGUUCCGGGAGCGCGCGGCGAAGCGCGAACGGGAGAAGAUGCGCGACAUCAAGCCCGCCUCCAUCACGCCCGCGCCCAGUGGCCCGAAGGUGCGCGAGUGGGGGAAGCCGCAGGGCACGCAGGGCUCGCCUCCCGCGGCGGGGGCGCCGAGGGGAUUUGGAACCGGGGCGCAGGGGUAUCAGAAGCCAGUGCCGUUUGUGAAGGCGGGGAGCGAGGCGAAGGAUGAUCGGGCGCUGGCGGGGAAGAACAACAAGACGGAUUUGGAGCUGGAGGAGGAGAGGCAAGAGGCGAGGAGAAGGGACGAGGAGGCGUCCUUUCGUGAUCGUGAACGGCGGUACGAGCCGAGAGAACGGAAUAAGCUCACGGCCCUUGAACGCUCAAUAGCAAGGGAACGUGCCACUCGUGACGCCGAGGAGCGGGACAAGAAAGAGAUGCGCGUGCGCCUCGAUAUCUGGGACGAUGACGAGAGCGACGAGCUCUUCUACGUGGACAGGGCUCGCUGGCGACACGCCCGUGCUCGUCGCCUGGAGCAAGAGGAAGCAGCCGAUCUCAAAUCCCGGCAAUACGAGGAAGAGGAAGCCGAGAACCUCCGGCGCGAAUCCGAGGACUUCCUCGCCCGCCAAAUGGACGAGAUGCAGGCGCUCGCCGAGGAGCAGCGCAAGGCAGGCCUGCUCCUCGACGACGGCGCGCCCGUGCGGCUCAACGUCGCCCUUCCCGCCGGCGGACAUCAGCACAAGGACAAGGAGGGAGCGCAGGCGAAGGCGGCGGUGUUCGGGCAGGAGGAGGAAGAGGAGGAGGCGGCGAAGCGUCGGAAGGUGCCGCUGGUGAAGCUCGACUUCAGCGUGACGGAGACGACGGAGAAGGCGCAGGAGCGGUUGGAGAAGAUUAGGACGGAGGUGCCAAAGGAUAAGGAAACGCUGUUCAAGCGCAAAGUGCGAUGGGAUGGGGUGACGGAGCAAAUGAUUGACAGGAAGAUGGAGCCGUUGAUCAAGAGGCUCAUGGUCAAAUAUCUCGGUGAGAUGGAGGAAGAGGAUUUGAUCAUGUUUGUUCUGGAGCACUUGAAGGACCACAAAGCGCCAAAGCAAUUAAUAGAGGGUUUGGAGCCGGUUCUCGAAGAAGAAGCUGUCGAGUUAACAGUCAGCGUCUGGAGGCAACUCAUCUUUGAGAGCAUGGCGUACAGCGAUGGUCUAUUGACCAGCGAGAUGUACGUCGAUCCCGAUCCCUGAUCGCCUCACCAUCCCCGCCUGCGACACCUCCAGUUCGACAGCGGAGAAGUCCCAGCGCCGGACGUUACGGUUUGCGUCGCUUUCGGGCGCAGGUGCGUGGUGUAGUAGAGUCGUCGCCAGCGGAGCGUAAUUGCCUACCUACUAGUUCUCUCUGUUGUUGCCUGCUCUGUUGGGGAUUGUUUGCACCGUCUGUCGUGAGUUGCCUAUCAUCUUCAUUCUGUACUCAAUAUCAGUGCCUCCUUGACUCUCAUCCUCGCUUUGACGCAAGACAGCGAUGCUCGUCUGAAGGCCGAUGGUACCGGAGCAAGAGGGCCUCACUCCCGCCGCUAGCAGGUGCGUCCAUCCGGACGAUGUCACCGGUAUGUGCCUGUUGGUAUUCUGCUGGAUCUUGGCUCUCGAACUUCCAUUGCUGCUGUAUGUAAGUACCAUCGCCUCACCCUGCGUAAUCCAAGCACUUUUUCCAACUUCAUUCUUCCAAAUCUGUUGCACUCCGA